AUGGAUGGAUUUGAAGAUCAAGAAUUGGUUUCAAUGGAGUUAUUACAGAUGCAAAAUGAAUCAUAUUGGUUAAUUCAAAGAGAAGUACCAACAGUUUGUAAAAGGGUUAGAACCAUUGUAAAUAAAUGUUUAGAGUUAUUACACCCAAUCGAUCGAACUGAAGAAGAUAAGGAAAAUAUAGAUGAAGAAGAUAAAAGUAAAAAUAAAAAGAAUGAGAAUUUAAAUAAAAAUCAAGAGCCAGAGGAAGAGGAUAAUGAGGUGAAUGAAUUAUUUGAUAUAUUAAAAUUUAAUGAGGAAGAUUCUAAAAAAGUUGGAACUGAGAAAUUUGAAACUCUAGAAGGAAGUAGAGGUGUUUUAAAGUUAAAUGGUUGGUUAGUAAAUUCAAAUGAUCUACAUAUUAAAACAAAGAGUAAAACAAAUAAUCCAGUCAUGUAUAAAGAUACUAUUUCAAAAUCAUCACCUUGGAGAUUAAAUCAAAUUCAAAAUGCAUAUAAUCAUCUUCAAUUUGUAGAAUCCGAAUUAACAGGUAUUAUUAACUUUGCUCAAAGAUAUGUACCCACUUUUGUAAAUUUUUCAACCCCACAACAAUUAAAUAAUAAUGCUAAUAGUGGCAUUGGUACCCUUAAUAAUAAUAAUAAUAAUAAUAUUGGUAGUAGUUUAGAAUCAUCAUCGUCAUUUGUUUCGAAUAACAGUAAUAAUAUAGAUGGUUGUAAUACAUUUACAGGUAAUAGUGGUAAUGGUAUAGUACCACCAGAAUUAUUAUCAUUAUUUGAAAUUAUAAAAUCAAUUGGAGAAUGGAUAUCAUUAGCAAAGGAUGAAUUAUUAUUACCAAGUAAAGAUGUUUUUCCAAUUACAUUAUUUCAAAGAAAUCUAUUAAAAAAUUUACCACCAGAUUUACAUAUUGAUAUUACAGUUUCCAAUUGUGAUAUUGUUUUUAGUAUACACGAAUUACAAAUUUCAUCAUCUGAUUCUGGUCAAAAUUUGGGUGGAAUUGGUGGUAGUGGUGGUAGUAUUGGCGGAGGAGGUGGUGGUGGUUUAAGUGGUAGUGGUUCUCAUCAUCAUCAUCAUAAUAAUAAUAAUAAUAAUAAUCAUCAUCAUUCAAGCCCAAGUAAAUUUUUAAAAAAAUCUGCAAAUAAAUUGGUUGGAGGUGGAAGUCCACAUCCACAACAUAUGCAACAACAAAUAAAUGGUGCAUCAAAUGGUCAUAAUAAUAAUGGUAAUAAUAAUGGUUCUCAACCAAAUGGCAAUAAUCAAGGUAAUAAUAAUGGUAUUAGUAAUAAUAAUAAUAAUAAUAAUAAUAAUAAUAAUAAUAAUAAUAAUAAUAAUAAUAAUAAUAAUAGCAAUAAUAAUGGUAUUAAUAAUAAUAAUAAUCAACAACAACCACCAAAUAAUCAAUCACAAUCACAACCAACUUCAUCAACAAGUACACCACAAACUUCUCAACCAACUUUAUCAACAUCUUCCACUAUUCCAAGAAAUAAUAGUGGUAAUAAUUUAUCAAACUCAACAGGUAAUAAUAAUAGUAAUAACAACAACAACAAUAACAACAAUAGCGGUAAUAAUAGUAAUGAUAAUAAUAGUAAUAAUAAUAAUAAUAAUAAUAAUAAUAAUAAUAAUAAUAAUAAUAAUAAUAAUAAUAAUAAUAAUAAUAAUAAUAAUAAUAAUAAUACAUCACCAAAUAUGUCAACUUUAGUGGAAGAAGAUUUUAAUACCAACCCACCUGAUCAAUAUUCAAAGAAAACUUAUCAAAUGAAUAAGCAAGGUAGUGUCCAAUGGGUUACAGUAAUAGAGCACAGUGAAUCUAGAAUUCCAGUUAAAAAAUUCUCUGAUACAUUUGCAUUGAUGACAAGCGCAUAUGAUAAAUUGGCAGAUUUAAGUGAAAAGUUUAUGGUCUUAUCAAAUACAAGCUAA